UGCCGCCCAGAGGAGAAAGGAACCUCUGCCUCGAAUUUCUCCCACGGCGCCCGGCGCUGCGGAGAGCGGCAAGGGUGGGCACGAGGCGGAGAACGCGAUGAAUGAGUUCUCCCCUCGCCUCGGAGUUGUCUGAGUUGGCGGCGCUGCGCCCAGGCUUCCGGCUCUCAGCGCCCCACGCGUGCGUGGCUCCCCGGGCUGCCACCCACGCCCACGGCGGGGGCCGAGCCGGCCACGCAGGGCAGCCGAGGCCCCGGAGCUCCUGUCCUGGCCCCAGUCCGGGGAAAAGGAGGGUUGUCCCCAGCGGAGGCGCACGGCCGCGCGGUCUCCCCGCACUCUCCCCGCGGUCCCAUCUGUUCCCCAUGGCGUCUCAUCCGCAAACCCGGAUCCAGGCUUACCUGGAGAAGAACAAGAUCGGUCCCCUGUUUGAGGAAUUAAUGACCAAGUUAAUAACUGAGACACCUGACCAGCCAAUCCCAUUUCUCAUUGACCAUCUUCAGUCUAAACAAGGGAGCCGUGGACAACUUCAAAGAACUUUGUCUGGAUCUGCAGCUCUAUGGGCAGAAAGCGAAACAUCAGAAUCCAAAGGUACAAGACGGGAUUUCAGAAGCUAUGAUAAACCCUGGCAAUUAAAUGCAAAGAAGCCUAAAAAAUCAAAAAGUGACCUUGCUGUGUCUAAUAUUUCUCCACCAUCACUGGACUCCAAAUCAUUGCCAAGGUCAGUAGAGCAUCCAAAGUGGAACUGGAGGACUAAACCACAAAGCCAUGAUUUUGAUGAAUUGAAUCACAUCCUUCAAGAGAGCAAGAAGCUGGGGAAAGCCCUUGAGAAUCUCUCUCGAAGUAUUGCGAUUUCAGAUGAACUUGAUAAGGAAACAGUGGCAUUUAAUUCUUCUCUUCUGAGGCCCCGUGUGAUUGGAGAAUGGAUUGGUAGAGAAGAAAAUGAUGCGGAUCCCCUAGCUGCUGAAAUGCUACAGCCUCCAAUUCCAAGAAGCAAAAAUGACCAAUGGGAAAGUGAAGAUAGUGGCUCUAGCCCAGCAGGAAGCUUAAAGGUGGAGCCUAAGACUAAAGGAUUAAAACAGCAGCAACAGCAACAUAAGAAACUCCUGGCCGCGAUGCUCUCUCAAGAUUCGUUUGAGUCCAUCCACAGCCCUACCCCAUCCGUAACAGAAGAAGACAUUGAUAAUGAAGAUGAUGCAAUGGAAUUGCUGGAGGAUCUUAAUGAUUUAAGAAUGGAGGGAGUAACAACCCUGGUACCUUCUGGGAGCAAAUUUAACCAAGGCCGUCCUACUUACCCUGCUGAGCCUCAGGCCAAGGUCACACUGAACAUCUGUUCAAGGUGUGCCAGGCUUCAAGGAGACAACCUGGCAGAAAGGACAGAAGAGACACUACCUGUACUCCAUUCUCCAGAUGAAAAAGUCCCAGAUUCCUUCGAUUCCUUACCUGGGACUGAAGAAGCACUAAUGGAGGAGGGUGAAGAAUUUGAGAAAGCAUCUAUACUAACAGGACCUGGAGAAGCCUCCUGUGGAGGAGGAUACUCACUGAAAAACUAUAUGGAAGAAGAUGAAUCCUUAAAGCAACUGCAGGUAGUUCAUCAACCAUGGAUCUUGCCAAGUGACACAGAAAGUGAAGGAGUGGAAGCAGAACAAGAGAAACGUUCUGCUGAUCUGCUUCUUUGCGUUCCAUGCUCUUCUUGCCCUACACUGGUCUACUCUGGUUUGUGAAACAGACAGAAGUUGCAAGUGGUCCUUAAAGAAACUGCAGUUAUUCAAAUCCUUAUCUAUAGUUCUAAUUUUAUUUACUAUGUGUAAUCAUUUAGAGAAUGGUUAUUUUUAUAAUCUCAAUAAUAAACAAGUACUAUUGUAACCAGGGGGUGCUGAAGUAUAUAAUCAGAGAACAUUAAUCCUGCCAAAGGAUUAUGGGUGGUCAGGAGGCCUGCAGCCUUUUGGCAUGGUUAGUGUCUUGGAUUUAGAUUACUUUAUACAUAGUUAUCAAGAUUAAUAUUUGAUAUAUUAAAUAUUGCCUGAUUCAAAUAACUUCGCUUAAAAUUUUUCUGUAUUUUAACUUGUCUAGGGUUUUCUACUUCUUCUAUUUUUAUAAUAUUUUCUCAUUUUUUAGAUUAACAAACAUUAUACUUAUCCACAUGUGCCAAGAUGUGACAUUUAGGUCUCUGCAGAUGUUAGCUGGUAUCAUCACCUGCCAUACAUGUUGUGUGCAGCAGUAAGAAGUAUAUUCUCCACCAGUGCUCCUUCUCAUGAUUAUUUUCUCUAUUCCUAUCAAAACAAAUAAUUGGUAUGUUAAUUCAAUAAAGCAAGCCAAUAAGGAAUGAAAUGCAUGGCCCAAAACAUAGACAAUAAAAAUUAUUUGACCAUUUAUCCAAUUAUUGAACCCAAUUAAUAUUAUCCAUUUUAAAUUUAGUAUAUUCUUGCUUUUUGAAUGUGUUGUGCAUUGAUGCUAAGUGAAUGGAUCUAAGUAAAUUUAUUGAGUAUCUCUAC